UGUCUAGAAAUAAGUUUAAUAAUCUUAUAGUAUUCUUACAGCAAUCUCUAAAUGAGAAAUAUUAGAUAUAACCACUAGAUAUAAGAUGAUUUCACUCGCCAAGAUAAUUUUUUGCAGUGUAGACAGCUGUGUCACUAAUUUAAAGGCGUGCAUGCAGGAGACCCCAUCCCUGUAUGCGGCCCAGAGCCUCAGAAUCACUAAAUCCGCCCCUGACUGUUGUGUAUGUGCUAGAAACCCAAUUCAGUUGGAAUCGGUUCAAAAGAACGAUUCGUUCACCAGCGGUUCAGCCCGCGUGGAAAAAUUUCCCGCGAAACUACAAAGGCACUCGCAGUGGACUUUUCCAUUGUGAAUACAGCCAAGUAGAGGGGUGGACGCUCACACGAGCAUUGGAAAAUCGGCCUGUAUUCACGAAAAACAGAGUUUCUCGUUUAAGUUCGGUGUUUAACUGUGUUGAGUGUGCGGUGAGGGCGAGAAUCCACUGGAAAAAGUCUUUCAAAAGCACAUCACAACGGUUUAGUCGUUGCUCUCCCACCCCCUGCAUUUUCGCACUAAGUACAUGCGCCUUUUCGCUCUUGUUGUUUUUUAAACUCUCCGUCGUAUGAAUGGGAUUUUAAUACAGCCGAUUUCAGUAAAAACUAUAAACGUUUCGUUUUUUUUCCUUUGAGACCAAACAUGUCCACACCGGUGAAGAAAGUUUUGGCAGAUAUAUUUGAAAGCCCUAGCGAUGAAGAAGAAUUUCUUGGUUUUGGAGUUGAUUCUUCAGAGGAGCUCUCAGAGGAGAGUCGAGACAGCUUCCGCUCACAGACCUCCUGGAAGCCAGUCCUUCAUUUCAGGUCUAAAUUCAUUACAGAUGAGUUGGCACAUAUCUUCAUGGACACAGACAGUGAAGAGGAGUUUGAAGGGUUCAGUCAAGAGGAGAGCUCUCUACGCAGCCACUGGAUGAGCUCCAAGGUUUCAGAGUCUGAGGAAGACAGUGAUGACAUCGGUUUUUAUUCGGAUGAUGACAAUCCAGCCCCACAACGAAGGCAAAGUUCUGGUUUAUGUGUUGCAUUCAGGUUUCCUGUCAGACGAAGCUCCAACCAUGAAAGGCCAGUGCCAAAGAAAUCCUCCAAGAUGGCCGAGUCAAGUGUUCCACCAGUCACUCAGCCUACAGUGAGAACCAGAAAGAGGAGAGGAGGCCAAGCAGAUGCAUCUGUGGCAUCUAAAAAUGGAAAAACUGAGAAAAGAUUUCGUAUCGCCAGAAAUGAAUCUGAGGAGGAGGAGGAUGAUGAACUGACUGAGGCAGACAUACAAAUACUGAGCAAAAGGGCUAAAAAUAUUCAGGAGAACAAAGCUAUGCUUGCAAAGCUAUUUGCAGACCUGAAUGCCUUACCAGAACUCUCGCCAAAGACAACUCCUUCAAAAAGGAAGCAGCACGCUCCAAGAAAGCAUGUAUCUGAAGUGCAGAGCGAGAGGCGGAACCCCAGCCGCAAGGCCAGACCCCCAGAGCAUUUCGGGUUGGAGCAGGAGCCGGUCAUUUCUACGAAACCAAAAGGAAGGAGCUUAGCAAUAGACCUCAAGAAACUAAUGGAGGUGGACAUGGACUUGCGAGAAGAUGGAGCCAGGCAGAAACGGCAAUACAGAAAGCGUGCUUCUGUGCGAAUGCCAGAGGACAUCACAGAAGAAGAGCUGGACAACGUCGCUGACCGUUCUAAAGACAAAAUUCUUGAUAAAGAAAAUGGCAGUACUUGUCAUCAGUGCAGACAGAAGACUUUAGACACCAAGACUGAGUGCAGGAAUCCUUACUGUCGAGGGGUCAAAGGCCAGUUCUGUGGACCCUGCUUGCGGAACCGCUACGGCGAAGAUGUUCGCACAGCCUUACUAGACCCUACGUGGGAGUGUCCUCUCUGCCGAGGUGUGUGUAACUGUAGCCUGUGCCGAAAACGAGACGGGCGCUGUGCCACAGGUGCCCUUACCCGCUUAGCCAAGUUUUAUGGCUAUCACAAUGUCAAAGAGUACUUAGAAAGUCUACAGAAGAACCUUGACUGAAGCCUGCCUGCUGUUGGGAUUGAGCUGCAUUUUAUCAGGUGUUUCGUCAAAGAGACACUUUCUUUUUCCUUUCACUGUCCAAAUCCGCAAGACUGCUGAGAUAUAGAAAAGCAGUCCUGAUUUGUUUGUUAAAGCCUGCUGUCUACCAACAAAACAGCCAAACAGCUUCAGUUGAUCUGUAGAGUUUUAGGAGUGCCUUGUCCACUUUCAUUCAGUCAUUUUCUUAUUGAUCUAAAGAGUUAGUUGCUCUUUAUUUCGACUUGCGCGUAGUUUAUUUUUCUUUAGCUUUGUAGCUUUUAAAGAAAUCAUUCUGUAUAUUUCAAGGUAAGUAAAGGACCGCAUGGUCAGAUAUGCAAAUGAUUAUGAAGCCAGUCAAAACUGCUACAUGAUUAAUGGACUUGCUUACUCAAUUGACCAAAAAGUUGUCCACUGUAAGAAAUGGUAAAGCUAAUGCACUGGAUUUAUGUCAAGUAAAGAUUGUUUUGAGUUCAGUCUACUGUUUUAUACUUCAGCCUGUUUUCAAAUUUGAACAGACCAAAGGGUUUUCUUCCUAACAUAUGGUCUUCCCAAAACAUGUUGAAACCUUUUUACUCAAAACAUGAAGCGUUCUCUGAAGCCUUUUAGAGAAGAGUACAUGAGUACAUUGUGUUUUAAACUGAAAUGGGCACCAGAUUUUGUUUACUAUCGUAAUAUAGUUUAGAGACGCAAAAUGUUUUGUUGUUUUGACUCUUUACUCAAGCACUUUUGAAAUUAAUCAGUGACUGGAAAUUUAAUGCAUUGUCCAGUACAUUUCAAGUAUUCUCCUCAAUUAAAACAGUAAAACAUAUGCUGGCAGUUGUUCAUUUUGAUGCAUUUUUGGAGAUUCAGUUCCAGGUUAGAAGAAAAAGAUGCCAGCAAUUGUGCUUAGCAGAGAUGGAUGGAAGGAGAAGCAUACUGUAUUUUUAAAUGGUUAUGCGGUGAAUCCAGACGCGAACUUGGUAACAUCCUUGUCUUUUUGCUUUGAGUCUUUUAUUCUUUUUUAAUCCAAACUCUUUAAAUAUUUACUUUACGGUCCCAAUAAAGCUCUUACAUUUGGCAUGUAUCUCAUGUGACUUGAUAUUAUAUGGAUCUGUGGAAUCAAAGUUGUUUUCAAUAAAGACUGUGGACCUGAUUUCUUUUCAGCUUUGUAAUAGAACAUGUUAAUCACUUGUACUACUUCUUAAAAUAAAACCAUUCUGAUAUUCUGUUA